AUGCCGCGGUUCUUGAUCCCGCCUCAAAGCAGCAAAACGAAGCAAGGUUAUGACUUGCAAUUCGGAACCAAAAACGUCGCGCCGUUCCUCCUCACCAAGUUGCUGUAUCCUCUCCUUGCUAAAGCCGCAAAAACCGCGCCACCAGGUAGCGUACGCGUUGUUUGGGUAUCGUCUAAUGGCGCAGAAUGUCUCUCCCCGAAAGGUGGUGCCGAAGUGGAUAACAUGGACGUGGAAACCGACAAAAGCGCCUGGUUCAAGUAUGGCACCACAAAAGCCGGCAAUACUCUCCGUGCCAGCGAGUUCGCCAAGCGACAGAGCGACGGCAUCAUCGGUCUGCACGGAAACGUCGACGCCACCAGCAAUGGACGAAAGGCCGACCUUUCGUGCACAGAGUCUCCAUCCCGGUGGGAUCGGAACCGAUUUGCAACGCCAUGCGCCCCGGUAUCAGCGGAUGAUAUUUGUUAG